AUGACCAACUUACCUGUCGUAGUUAUGGAUAACGGUACUGGGUACACCAAACUCGGUUUCAGUGGCAACAAUGAACCUUCGUUUGUGUUUCCAACUGCUAUAUCUACCCGCGAAUCACCCUCAAGCACAGGCAGACCCGGCAUCCCUAGCAAGCCUUCCUUCUUGAGCAACAACCUAGCUUCCAAGCGUGGUAUUGAAGAUCUCGACUUUUAUAUUGGAGAUGAAGCACUUGCACAAGCCAAGACAAUGGCUUUGAAUUAUCCCAUUCGUCAUGGUCAGAUUAACAACUGGGAUCAUAUGGAGAGAUUCUGGGAACAAUCCAUUUUCAAGUAUUUACGUUGUGAGCCCGAAGAUCACUACUUUCUCAUGGCAAGUAUCACUGUACACUGA